UGGUGCAACUAACCAAGCCAAGAUCCAAAACCCCACUUCAAAUUUUAUCUGAAAAGCUGUUAAUGGUCAACAGCAUCGACAAUUACAAAAACCUCUCUGCCAAGAAAACCAAAGUUCCAUUAGAAGCACGAGCACACCAAAUCCAAUCACAAGACAAGACACGGAGAAAGAUGAGAAUCACUGUAAUGACAGCUGAUGAACACAUCAUAUCUCUAGAUGUCGAUCCUCAUGAAUCUGUUGAGAACUUGAAAGCUCUGCUUGAAGUGGAGACACAGGUGCCGCUUCAGCAGCAGCAGCUGCUUUAUAAUGGGAGAGAAAUGAGGAAUAAUGAGAAAUUGAGUGCAUUGGGCGUUAAGGAUGAGGAUUUGGUAAUGAUGGUCUCCACCAGCGCUGCACAUAGUUCACCCGCAAAUGAUUUGAGCUUCAAUCCUGAUGGGUCUGCUGUAAAUCCUGAGGCUUUCCAGCAACAUAUUCGACGUGAUUCUAAUUUGAUGGCCCAACUGUUUCAGACUGAUCCUGAACUAGCACAAGUUCUUCUUGGCAAUGAUCUCAGCAAACUGCAGGACCUCUUACGGCAACGCCAUCGCCAAAGAUCCGAAUUACGGCGUCAACAAGAGGAGGAGCUUGCCCUUCUUGAUGCUGAUCCUUUUGAUGUUGAGGCACAGAAGAAAAUUGAGGCUGCCAUUCGCCAGAAAGGAAUUGAUGAAAACUGGGCAGCUGCCUUGGAAUACAACCCUGAAGCUUUUGCUAGGGUGGUUAUGUUGUACGUUGACAUGGAAGUUAACGGUGUGCCUUUAAAGGCAUUUGUUGAUAGUGGUGCUCAGUCCACAAUAAUAUCAAAAAGUUGUGCUGAGCGAUGUGGAUUGCUGAGGCUUUUGGAUCAACGUUAUAGAGGCAUUGCUCGUGGAGUGGGUCAAUCUGAGAUACUGGGUCGGAUACAUGUAGCUCCAAUAAAGAUUGGGAAUAUAUUUUACCCUUGCUCCUUCUUGGUGCUGGAUUCUCCCAACAUGGAAUUUCUUUUUGGGCUUGAUAUGCUUCGCAAGCACCAGUGCAUUAUUGAUUUGAAGGAGAAUGUUUUGAGAGUUGGGGGUGGAGAAGUUUCUGUUCCAUUUUUGCAAGAAAAGGACAUCCCAACUCAUUUUCUGGAUGAAGAAAGCCUCGCCAAAGAAGUGUCCAGCUCAGGAAAUCCAGUGACAUCAGGAGCUAUAGAUAAGAAGAAUAAUGCACCAGGAGGUCAAUCUUCUGGAGUUGCACAAGGCAGUGUGACACUGAGACCUGAUUUUGAGGCCAAAGUUGCAAAGCUUGUUGAGCUAGGUUUUGGAAGGGAUUCUGUGGUACAAGCUCUUAAAUUAUUUGAUGGGAAUGAAGAACAAGCUGCUGGAUUCCUUUUUGGUGGCUGAAGAUCACUCAUAUUUUUUAAAUUCUCAUUCAUUGUGGGAAUACUAUUGAUUUCAGUAAUUUAAUGACAGGUUUUUACAAAUCCAUGAAAUUGGUGUACCCUCAAUUCAAACAGAAAAAGAAAGGUGUACCCAACUGCACUUAAUUACAAUUUGUUUGCACAAAGUAGUUUUGCAAUUCAACGGGAACAGUUAUCUUUUUUUCCCCUGUCAAGUUCUACUUCAACUUGAUCAUGGAAGAGUCGUCUGGCAGUGUUUAAUUGCCUAAUGGUGGAUUUUACAUAUACCUAGACUGAAAAAUUAUUUGAUAUUCUGGAUACUGUCUUCCCUUUGUGUAUGUGGUGUGUUUAAAAACUCAAAUGAAUAUCAUUGAGCUUUAUUGCACA